AUGCUCGCUUUGAGCUGGUUCUACUUGCUGGGCAUUUGCGCUUGCGCCUGCGCCGCGCAGCAAGAGCUGCCAACGGCUGCAGCAACAGGUGCAACCACUGAGAAAAUAUUCGCGAACCAAACCGAGGAGCCGGUGGUCAGUGUGCCGGGCAUGUGGCGACAGGCGCGGCGGCGCAACACGCUGGCGGAUAGCUGCACCACCAACGGCGGUGCGACGGGCACCUGCCUCACGCGCUUCAAGUGCAUGCGUCAAGGUGGCACAGUCAAUGGCUAUUGCGGCACCUACGGCGUCUGCUGUGAGACAAACAUGGCGUGUGGCACAACGACACGGCUGAAACGCACCAUCAUACGCAAUCCGGCCACAUUCACGACCAACAUCUGCCAGUACACGAUCGAGGCCUACAGCGCCAACGUGCAGCAGCUGCGCAUCGACUUCGAGCAGUUCGAGCUGCAACAGCCGACAUUUAGCGCCGCGGAUGACCGUCUGCUGGAGUGCCAGGAUUACUUUGAGGCCGGCAGCUUUAAGCUGUGCGGCAUGAAUGCGGGCCAGCAUCUGUAUCUGCCAUUCAAUGUGGCCGCCGGCAUCGAUCAGAUCACGCUGACCUUUUCGGUGCCGUCGCGCUGGCAGCAGAGCAACUGGCGUCUGAUUGUCACCCAGCUGGAGGGGCCGCAGGCGGGCAGUAAACGCAAGACCAGCAUGCUGGGCGGCCUCGGUGGCAGCGGUAACAGUUUGCAGGAUCUGCGCAGCAUCUUCGCCUCCCAUCACGCCGACUACGAGCUGCUGGCGCCCGCCGGCUGUCAACAGUAUUACACGGAGCUGACGGGCACCAUACGCAGUUUCAACUAUCAGCCGACUAUGGGCAGCGUCUACAUGCCGGAGACCAGUUACACCAUUUGCAUCAAGUCCACGCCCAGUGCCAGCAUGAUUGAAUAUAGCUUCAGCCGGCUGGCCAUGUCGCUGCAGACGGGCGAGGGCGAGGGCUAUGAUGAGGCGUGCCAUGCCACGGUGCAUACGCCCGGCAGACAGGAGGAUUAUCUACUGAUACCGCAGUCGUUGCUGGCCAGGAAUACGGCUUAUCAGCCGACCUACUACUGCGGCAUCAACGAGAAUUUCAUAGUCUACGCAUCGCCGCCCUACAUGAUCCACUUCUCCAGCGACGAGAUGACCCUCGACGCCACCCAGGAGACGGGCUUCAGUCUGACUUAUCGCCUACGUACAUCAAUUCUGUAAAGUGGCUGCCCGGUUAAGUGGGCCCUUAGAUUAGGCAGCAUUUUAGCCAUGUGCAUAGAAUUUAAUAAACUAAAGUGAAAACGAUUCUCGAACUCAA